AUGACCGAAACGCCUAUAACAAAGUUUCCGUACGAGCUUGAAUCUUUGACGUGGCUCGACCCGGAACAUUCUGUGAACCUAGAAGGUGUUUAUUGCUAUUGUGGACAGGAUAAAGAAUUACAAGGUCCACAAAAAUUUAAGCGACUACCGAUGAGCUGGGUAAUAGUAGUUCAACUCUCCUUAUACAACUUACUAAAAAGACAUCCAGAUCGAAAGUUUUUUCAAUGGAAAGAUGAAAUUUGUAAAUUCAUUGAAGGAUACUGGGACUAUCUGGCUCCUUCGAAAACUAAGUACAGUACGUGGAACAACACCGUCGCAAGUGUUUUAUCUAUUCACACAGAGUUUGUAUCUGGGUCUAGCAUGAUGCAUCAAACAGGCUGGUGGACUCUACGUGAUAAUGUACCACCCGAAAAAAAAGACAGCUCAAAAUCAAAAUCUGCUACCAAAAAACUCGACGUAUCCAUUUCUUCUAAUUCAUUAAAGAGGAAGCAUACAGCCGACAAAGAUGACUUUUACUCGUUCUCAGUACGAGAUGUGAAACAAAAGCGAGGGGUAUCAACCACGUCUUCUGUAAAAACCACCGUAAUCACCACAACAUUAAAUAAUCAAAUAAUAUCGGGUAUGUUUCCAUCAUCAAACUUUAUUCCUGGACGAGUAAAUCCUGAAAAAAUUCGAAAAGCUAUUGACAAAAGCUUGGAGAAAAUGAAUCCUCAAAGUUUAGAAUCUUGUGAUCUAGAGAAAAUUGUAGCGCGUUUGUAUUAUUACGCGAGAACAAAUGAUCGAAAAGAAUUUCAAGAUCAUCAAAGUGAUAAUGACUACUUGAUUGAGACAUCGAAAUCCCCACGCGAACAUUUUUCGAAGGAUCCUGGAUUAUCAUUAUCCUCACAAAUUCAAAGCUCUUUUAUCGACAAUGGAACUACUUCUAAUCUUGCUGCUGUUACCACUGUGGAUGAAAAAGAUUCGACACAUGUAAAAUCUGAGGAUAUUGAUACAAACAAAGGACCACGAUUACGACUAAUAUUCAAGUCGUCAGAUAGCAAUACACACGAUGAUUCUCUUGUAAAAGAGAUUCCCAAUGUAAUUGAGGAUCCUGACAAGAGUGAAAAACCAAAUAAAAAGAAACGUAAAAAGCAAUCCAAAAAUAAAUUUGUCAUGCUGGAUGAGCGGGAGGAAUGGGAAUUGUUGCAGAGACUUGAUAAUUCGCGUACUCCGUUGUCACCUAAAACCGCGAGGUUUAGGAGAAAACUUCAAUUAAGACGCUUAAAGCGUGGCUUGGGUCUGAAAAUCUUUGAUUUAGAUGAUGCAGUGACGCAGCAUCUCAAAUCAAAUGCUGAGCUAGAACCGAUCGCAACGACAGCAUCAAUUGAUAUAAAAAAGCAAUCAAAGGUUGAAAAUGAUAUUAAAGAAACAAAACUGGAAACUGUAAAUCAAGUGAGAGAUAUAGAAGAUAAUAAGGUCUUUGAAGAGCUCUCUCAUACACCGUAUGAAAAUUCAUUUGCAUCACGACUAUAUGGUAUCCCACGACUUGCAACAACCCUCACAUCAAAAGAAAUGUGGUCCAGUCCUUACCAUGGCAGAAAAUUACGACCUUACAUCUACAGAGAUUAUGAAAUGAAGCCUCCAAAAUUAAAAUUAUUGGAAGAGAUCGUUUCUAAUGCACACAGAGAUGAUAAUGAAUGGCAACCUCCGCCAUCAAGCCCCAUAGAUUUCUGUUACUUUCAAAAAACUCAUCUAAAACAAGUCAACGAUUUACUGCAAAGAUGCUUUUGGCCUGGAAUUGAUGUUACUGAAAAUUUAUUAUUUCCGGAUUAUAGCGUCGUUGCGUUGUAUAAACGCUUGGUAAUUGGCUGUGCGUUUAUGACUCCGGAAUCUUAUAUUACAUAUGUUGCCGUUGCGUCAGGUUGGCAAAAAUCUGGCAUAGGAAAAUUUAUGCUUUAUCAUAUUAUUCAGAACAAUAAUGGUAAAGAUAUUACACUACAUGUCUCUGCCAAUAAUCCUGCUAUGGCAAGUUUCAAACCAGAGGAAUUUAUCGUCAAUUUCUAUGACAAGUAUCUUCCACCGGGCAGUUUUGAAUGCAAAAAUGCCUUUUUUGUGAGAUUACGACAAUAA